AAAUAUUUGUCUGACCAAAUUAGCUCAAGAACUCAUUGGAAUUAAUGAGACUGUAUACUAGCUAAAGGAGAGAUUUUGUUGAAUGAUAGAUUCCUAUUAUAUCCAUCCUGCCAAGAAAUGGGAAGACAAAUGUUGUAAUCCUCUAGAAAACUUCCUGGGUAAAAAUGUACUCUGUGGUAGAGAGCUUUCAACACCACCACCACCAGAGGAAAUAUACCAGAAAAAAAAUAUCUACAAGAGGAGACAUUUUAGGAGAGAAAGAGGGAUUCUCCUGGUCUGCUGUAAUGAUGAAGAGAAAAUGACUGGUGAAUUUCCUUACUUGGAAUCCCCUUACUUACUACCCGAAAUCCUACUGGAUCUGGGGUUAAUCCUAGUUACGGUGUCUGGCUAGGAAUGCUGUGGGAUCCAGUUGGAAUCUCAGAUUUUUUCAGUUGAAAGGCAAUAGGAUGAAUAGCUCAGCUGUAGGAGAGAGAGAGAUGGGGAGUGGGGGAAGCCUCCAGAGCUGAAGUGGAGGAGAGUGACAGUGGGUGAGAUGAAAACCUCAGCCCUCCAGGGAAAGCAGCGGUGUCUCUUUAAGGCGCGCAAGGUGGGGCCAGUCCCUCCCUAGCCAGCCGCCCGCUCAGCAAACUUAUAAAUUUAGUAACAAUGUGUUUUAGGCGCUUGGAUCCUGAAAUUAACACCGCUGCAGCAGCUCCGGGCGGAUCGGUGUCUGUUACUCUCCGCCUUCUAGCAGCCCUGACACGAGGAGGGGAGGAGCAGGGGGAAGCGUUUCAACACGUUAUCCUGCCCUCCUGAGCCAGGACAAGCAGCACCCCCGACCCCCCCCCCCCCAUUCACACAAACCUGCCUAUGCCCCAUGGACAGAGUGCCUUGCCACCAAGGGAGAGCCACUUGGAGCUUGAGCUGCGCCACCAGAAGGGAAGCGUGAGCCGGAGCAGCUGCAGUCGCCUCUGGACGGACUAAGGCAGGAGGUCCGAGGUGAGGGGGGCUUUCCUGGCAGCUUUCCACCCCCCCCCUAGCCCCGGGGAGAGGAUGUCCGCGCCAGGGGGGCAGCGCAGCUGGGCUACUAUGACCCCCAUCCUCUCAGCCACCUUGUGGCUCCUGUGCUCCGCUACGCAGGUUUGUGGAGACCAAAACCAAGGAGCUGUUUUUCUGCGUGAAUUUACAUUGAUUCGGAGAGAGAGCCUCCAUGACGAUUUCCUGUCUGACUUGCUGAAUAACCAUAAAACUGAAGAUCCGAGAUGUCCCGGCUCUCCAGACUACGUGUCAAGGUUUGUGUGUCUCCACCCAACCACCAGGCAGUUUUGUUUGUGGAAUGACACCUGCACCAUGCCAUGUUGUCACAAGUACAACGGCACUGGAGGAGGAGAUAAUGGUUUGGAGUUACUUGAUGAACAGUUAACCAAAGCAAGUUCCAGAACAGCUCGAUCUGAAGAAGACCGAGAUACACUGUGGGAUGCCUGGGGUUCAUGGAGCGAAUGUUCACGCACUUGUGGAGGAGGGGCUUCCUAUUCACUCAGACGCUGCCUGAGCAGCAAGAGCUGUGAAGGGCGAAAUAUUAGAUACAGAACAUGCAGCAAUGUGGACUGCCCUCCAGAAGCCGGUGAUUUUCGGGCCCAGCAGUGUUCUGCUCAUAAUGAUGUCAAGUACCAGGGACAGUUUUAUGAAUGGCUUCCUGUCUCGAAUGACCCUGACAACCCAUGUUCGCUGAAGUGCCAGGCCAAAGGGACAACCCUUGUUGUGGAACUGGCUCCCAAGGUUCUUGACGGCACGCGAUGCUACACUGAGUCACUGGAUAUGUGCAUUAGUGGCUUGUGCCAAAUCGUUGGCUGUGAUCACCAGCUGGGAAGCACUGUCAAGGAAGAUAACUGUGGGGUCUGCAAUGGCGAUGGGUCCACCUGCCGGCUGGUUCGAGGCCAGUUUAAAUCCCAGCUCUCAGCAAAUAAACCGGAAGAUACUGUUGUCGCUGUUCCCUAUGGAAGUAGGCAUGUUCGUCUAGUGUUGAAAGGACCUGAUCACUUACAUUUGGAAACCAAGACUCUGCAAGGCGUGAAGGGAGAAAACAGCCUCAGCUCCACAGGCUCUUUCCUGGUGGACAAUUCUAGCGUCGACUUCCAGAAGUUUCCGGACAAGGAGAUACUGAGAAUAUCUGGGCCUCUCAGUGCAGACUUCACAGUCAAGGUCCGCUAUGCUGGUGCUGCUGACAGCACGGUUCAGUUUAUCUUCUAUCAGCCCAUCAUUCACCGUUGGAGGGAAACUGAUUUCUUUCCUUGUUCCGCAUCUUGUGGAGGAGAUUUAAGGCCGGAUAUGGCUAAGCGGAAAUUUGGCAGGCCUCAGGCAAGUUACCAGCUGACAUCUGCUGAAUGUUAUGAUCUGAGAAGCAGCCGGGUGGUGGCUGAUCAAUACUGUCACUACUACCCUGAAAACAUCAAGCCAAAGCCAAAACUUCAGGAGUGCAACUUGGACCCUUGUCCUGCCAGUGAUGGAUACAAGCAGAUCAUGCCCUAUGACCUCUACCAUCCCCUUCCUCGAUGGGAGAGUACUCCAUGGACAGCGUGCUCCUCCUCGUGUGGAGGGGGCAUUCAGAGCCGCACAGUCUCUUGUGUAGAGGAAGACAUUCAGGGGCACAUCAGCCCUGUGGAGGAGUGGAAGUGCAUGUACACGCCAAAGAUGCCCAUUGUCCAGCCCUGCAACAUAUUUGACUGCCCAAAAUGGCUGGCCCAGGAGUGGUCUCCGUGCACUGUAACGUGUGGCCAGGGGCUGAGAUACCGUGUGGUGCUCUGCAUUGAUCACAGAGGGAUGCAUACAGGAGGCUGCAGCCCUAAAACAAAGCCUCAUAUAAAAGAAGAAUGCAUUGUACCUACUCCUUGCUACAAACCCAAAGAGAAACUUCCUGUGGAAGCUAAACUGCCAUGGUACAAGCAGGCACAAGAGCUGGAAGAAGGAGCAAUGGUGUCUGAAGAACCAUCGUUUAUUCCUGAGGCCUGGUCUGCCUGUAGUGUCACAUGUGGGGUGGGCAGCCAGGUGCGGCCAGUGAAAUGUCAGGUGCUCCUGUCUUUCUCUCAGUCUGUGGCUGACCUGCCAAUUGACGAAUGUGAAGGUCCCAAACCUGCAUCACAACGAGCCUGUUACAGCGGCCCCUGCAGUGGGGAGGCUGCUGAAUCUAACCCUGAGGAAACCGAACUGAUCUAUGGGGGCCUCCAGGAUUUUGAUGAACUCUAUGACUGGGAAUACGAGGGCUUUACGGAAUGCUCAGAAUCCUGUGGAGGAGGUGUCCAAGAGGCUGUCGUGACGUGCUUGAACAAACAGACAAGAGAGAUUGCAGACGAAACUCUGUGUGUGACCAGCCGCCGUCCUCCACAGCUACUGAAAGCCUGUAAUCUGGAGCCCUGCCCCCCAAGGUGGGAGAUUGGGAAAUGGAGCUCCUGCAGUCUCACCUGUGGAGUUGGUCUACAGACUCGAGAUGUCUUCUGCUCUCACCUCCUCUCAAGAGAGACGAAUGAGACUGUGAUUUCGGCAGAUGAACUGUGUCAUAAACCCAAGCCCACCUUAGUGCAAGCCUGCAAUCGCUUUGACUGCCCACCAUCCUGGUACCCUACACAAUGGCAACAGUGUUCACAGACCUGCGGAGCAGGCACUCAGAAGCGAGAUGUGCUCUGUAAGCAGCGCAUGGCAGAUGGAAGUUUUUUGGAGCUUCCAGAAACCUUCUGCUUCACUCCGAGGCCAGUUUCCCAACAAGCCUGCAAAAACAAAGACUGUCCCAGUGAAUGGCUUCUUUCUGACUGGACACAGUGUUCAGUGAGCUGUGGAGAGGGCACCCAGACUCGAAAUGCCAUUUGCAGGAAGAUGCUGAAAACGGGAGGUUCUGUCAUCAUCAAUUCCUCAAUGUGCCCACCUUUGCCUCUCUCUUCUUUAGUCAGGUCCUGUGCACUAACUGCUUGCACAAGGCACAACAGGCCGGCUCAAAAGCAAAGCCCCCAUAUUAUGGCCCUGAAGAAUGUUUACAUCCAGACAAAGAAGCAGAAGAAGCUACACUUUAUUGUGGGUGGCUAUGCCUACCUACUGCCCAAAACUUCUGUUGUCCUCCGAUGUCCGGUGAGAAGGUUCCGUAAAUCAAUGAUCAUCUGGGAGAAGGACAACAAGCGACUCCUCAGCUCAGUUCACGUUACCAUUGCACCGUAUGGGUACAUAAAGAUCCACCGUUUAAAGCCUUCGGAUGCUGGCACGUACACCUGCACAGCAGGGCCAGCCCGGGAACAUUUUGUGAUUAAACUAAUUGGAGGCAACAAUAAAAUCAUCAUCAACCAACCAGCUGGGAUUAGAGAGGAAGAAGGCACAAGGAAGUCCAGUUUGAAUGAAGCCUUGCACGCUCAGGAGAAGCAUCAGAAUGGGAUUCUCUUCAACAGGAGCAAGGCCGAGAAACGAGGGCAUUUGGCUGAUCUUAGCAGCCAGUAUGAUGACAUUGUCUCAAGACUUCUGGAGCAGAGAGGCUGGCCUGUGGAAAACCUGGAAUCCUGGGAGGCUCAGGAGUCAACAGAGAGAAAUGCCUCUUCAGAGGAGGAGCAGAGUCAGGAGUACAGCCUUCCAUUUACCAUGGUCACGGAGCAGAAACGCUUGGAUGACAUCAUAAGGAAUUUGUCUCAGCAGCCUGAGGAACUUAAGGAUGUCUACAGCAAGCAGCUUGUUGUGCAGCUAGCUGAUGACAUCUUCAAGAGCCAUUUGGAAAAUCAAGAAUCUGUUUUCAAAGUCCAGGGGAGAAGAAUUGGUUCAGCUAUGGCAGAGUUCCCUUUCCGCAAACAGGUGUCCGGAUUCACCAGUUCCUUGAGAACGUCGUCUGCCGAAGCACAUCUGCCAACUUCAGUGGAGCUGGGGAAUGGCUCACGCAGGCCCCAUCGAAAGCCUGCAAUCCUCAGGAAGAUUUCUGCAGCUCAGCAGCUCUCAGCCUCUGAAGUUGUCACCCACUUGGGACAGACGGUCGUCUUAGCCAGCGGGACCCUAAGUGUGCUGCUUCACUGUGAGGCUGUUGGGAACCCAAAGCCCACCAUUAGCUGGGCUAAAAAUGGAGCAGAGGUGCAAUACAAUGACAGGAUACUCCUUCAGCCAGAUGACUCUUUGCAGAUUCUAGCGCCAGUGGAAGCUGAUGUGGGUUUCUACACCUGCAAUGCAACUAAUGCUUUGGGAUCUGACUCUGUCUCCAUUGCGGUCACUUUAGCAGGAAAACCACUGAUCAAAGCAUCAAGAGCUACGCUGAUCAACACAGAGUCCUCCGCUGUCACGGUUGACAUUGGAAGCACAGUGAAAACAAUCCCAGGUGCAAAUGUUACCAUUAGCUGCCAAGUUGCAGGUGUACCUGAAGCAGAAGUUACUUGGUUGAGGAAUAGGAUCAAGCUGGCCCCUGCCUAUCAUCUGCAUGAUGGCUCAUUGCUGAUUGCAAAUGUAACUCUGUCUGAUCAGGGGUUAUACUCCUGCAAGGCAGCCAAUCUUCGUGGAGAGGUGACUGAAAGCACACAGCUGCUGAUUCUUGACCCCCCACAAACCCUCCUUCAAUUAGAAGACUUGACAACAAUGCUUUUAAUCUCGGGGCCGGAUAUUCCCUCAGUGCUGACCUCUCCUUCAGGAACAAGGUUGGCGCUAAAUCCUGGAAGUUCUGUCCUCAUCGGUUGCCCAGUGGAUGGUCAUCCAGCUCCAAACAUCACUUGGUUUUAUGCUGGUCAACCCAUCAGCAUGAGACACAACAUCCUGGCAGCUGGUCAGAUUCUUCAGCUACUAAACAUCAGUGAUGGUUAUCAAGGUGAAUUCAGCUGCCUGGCUCAGAAUGAAGCUGGCUCACUUAUGCAAAAAACAUCUCUGACAAUCCGAGAAUAUUGGUGGUCAGCGGACAGACUGAUGGCAUGUUCGGCCUCCUGUGGUAACAGGGGAGUGCAGCAACCGCAACUGAGGUGCUUACUGGAUGGGACUGAGGUCAACACAUCCCACUGCAUAGAGAAGCCCAAGCCAGUGCUACAGCCUAUUGCUUGUAACAGAAGAGACUGCCCUUCAAGGUGGAUGGUGACAUCCUGGUCCCUUUGUACACGGAGCUGCGGUGGAGGGGUCCAGACCCGGCGAGUGACUUGUCAGAGGUUGACCGCUGUGGGCAGUUCCGUCCCCAUGUCAAAUGAGGCAUGUGCCCAGGUUGCCAAACGCCCAGUGGAUACCCAGAUCUGUAACAGGCAGCUGUGCAUGGAGUGGGUGGCCUCCUCCUGGGGUCAGUGUAAUGGGCCAUGCAUCGGACCGCGACUAGCUGUACAGCACAGACAGAUUUUCUGCCAGACCAGGGAUGGGAAUUCUGUGUCUUCUGACCAGUGCAGUGCCCUGCCAAGGCCUUUGAGCACACAGAACUGCUGGACAGACAUCUGCGGUGUGCACUGGAGGGUCAGUCUGUGGACCCUGUGUACAGCUACGUGUGGGAACUACGGCUUCCAGUCCAGGCGAGUGGAAUGCGUGCAUGUCCGCACCAACAAACCUGUGCAGGAGCACUACUGUUCCUGGAGGCCAAGACCUGCGAACUGGCAACGCUGCAACAUCACCCCCUGCGAAAACAUGGAAUGCAGAGACACCACCAGGUACUGUGAGAAGGUGAAGCAGCUCAAACUCUGCCAGCUCACCCAGUUCAAAUCUCGCUGCUGUGGGACUUGUGGAAAAGCAUGAAGAUGAGAGCAACUGAGAUAGGGGAUCAGAGGCAUCAGCCUUUGCUUCACUACAGGAAGGACUGUUACAAAACAAAUUGGACAGAAUUCAGUUUUCUUCAUUUUAUUUAUUUAUUUUUAUUUUAUUUUUUUUUAACUUUACUGAAUCGUUGUUGUAAAGGACUUGGCAAGUUUUCCCUUCAGUGAGACUGGGAGAUGGAAUGCAGCAAAGCACAGUUGUGGUGGGAGACCAAAAAGAAAGAGAAGACAAGCAACAUGUCAGACCUGAGUGGAACAGAGCUGUCUAGGAAUCCUUGUAUAGGCCUUGCGAUACUCAUCAACCAGCAGAUGGGCGGAAAACACCAAAGCAAAAACUCCCAUUAGCAGCAGAUCAGAGCACCAGGGCAUGGAUCAAACAGCUUGACAGAUCAUGGGCUACUGAAAAAAGGGAUUGAACUAAACAUUCAGCUAAGCAAUGGGCAGAGACAUCAUUUGCCCUAGAAGGGUUUGUUAACAUAAGCAUGUGGUUUUGGUUUUUUAAAAUUGCUGUCCUAAAGCUGUGUUCCUGUUCUCUCUCUGUCCCUCUCUCUCUCUCUCUCACGCUAAGAACUUAGGAUCUGAAAAGGAGGUUAAACAUUGUGCUGAAGCAUGAAUGAGUUUAAAAUGCAUCUAAAUAAGUGCACCAAGUUUUUUUCCCUCAACAUGAAAAAAUGAAGUACAGUAUUAUGCAGAAAAGGAAAGUGAGUGACAGAAUGAUCUGCUAUUGACAGACCGCCGUGCAUACCUGCCAUCACUGCUCUGUGCAGAGCACUUAUAGGAGGGGUUGUAUAUAUAUUUGUGGCAACAAGAGCUACUUACCAUGCUGCAUCUUAACAUGAUUAAAAUGUAUCUGGGGAAGAGAGAAGCCUGAGAUCCCAGAGUUAUUGGGCUUUCAGAUCUGGGGUUUUGGUCUAUUUCUAACUUUGGAUUUGUAGAAAUCAUUUCUAUGUCCUGCCAGUGUGGAAUUUUUCUCUCAUUACAGCCAAAUCCUCCAGUGAUAAUUAUUAAUUUAUCAAGAAGGAGAACACAGCUGCUCUGAUUUGUUAUAGUUCUUUCUGUCACGUAGACAUACAGAAUGCUGUAUCAUCAGCUUUGUCCCCAAAGUGGUUGCACAAAUUCCUAAAAGACACACAAAAAAGGUGGAUGCUAGAAAGUGAAGCAAUCCAUGAAUAGAACUCUGCAGUCAGAGGUGAUCUGAGAAGUGAGAGUCAAAUUUUACGUUUAUAACAUGAUUUUGCCUGCUCAUUGUGAUUCUCUCGCCUAAUUGCAUCGAUAAUCAAAAAUUAAGUGCUUCAUCCUUCAAGAUGUUGGGCAUCCUCAAGUCAGUGGAAAUCCAGGUUGCUCAGCACCUUGCAGAAAUCAGCCUGAACUACAAAGUUUGGAUUUGAACUUCCCCGAAGUUUGAGGGAGAGGUGCCCAGAUCCGGAGUUUUGGUUUAGGACUAUCUCUGAAUGUAAGGUUUGCCUGUGCCUCUUGUGUCACCCCCAGUGGGACUCUCUUCUUGUGAUGCAGUAAUAAAACACUGUUCAAGUAUUGAUAUGUUGCAGCUUACCUUACAUGUGGAUUUUUCAACAAGCCUGGAAGUUCUCUUGUGAGGUCAACACCAGGUCCAUUGCAUUAAAUUGCCUCCAGUUUGGUCAUUCCAAAGUGUGUCUGGCAGGGAACACUCUCUCUACAAAUGGGUCUCUGAGAAAUCACAUUGCUAAGAAUCAGUGUAACUUUUAUUUAAAAACAAACAAAAAAAGUCUUUUUAUGUAUGUAAAUGUAUAUCUUUUUGUGUAUAUUUAUUAGGAUUCCUUGUAUAAAAAGUGCAAUAUUAAUAAUUGUACAUUGUUGUCCAGAUAAAAACUAUUUUGGGGACUUUGUGAUCUCCCUGCAAUUUUGUUCCCCUAAAAUCAGUGGUAAUAGUGUAAUUUUCCUGUUUUUAUCAGCACUUUCAUUUAACUUUGGAUACAUUUCACUGUGUACAGAUUGCUUCGUAAACUAUGACAACUGGGGGGAGAGGCUUUCCUACUUGUGAAACUAUAGUUAUGCAUGGAACGAAGGACAAAUUCCUUGCUAAUAAUUUGGUGGUUGUUUCUAGUACAAUAGCUAAUGAAAAGCAGUGCUGGAAAGUAUUUACAUUUUUUAAUAACAAAAUAUAUUCAGACAAUCCCAUGUUGGAUAUUAGCUGUGUAACUGUGCUUAGGAUAAACAUUUGGAGCCAACGUCUGGCCAGGCCACUGUGUCCCCUUCACACAGUAUAAAUAUAAUUUCAGAUAUUUGUCCUAUGAAUUGUGACUUGUCAGUAUCCCCAUAAGAUGAUGAGGGUUGCUGAGUAUUAUAGAAGUAGGAUUUCCUCCCCUAAAAAAACCUGUAUUUAUAUCAUUUUUUGUACAGAUAAUGCAGCUUAUUUAUUUAACUACUUUUGUCUGACUCAUUCUUUAUUAACCUUAAAACAGGAGCUACCAGGGUAGCAGAGCUUUCAAGGUUCUCCAGCCUCCUCCCCUAUUCCCACAGUUGCUCAGGUUUGCAAAGCUAAUCAUCUCCGGGCCAUCACCUAUGGAGCUCGUAAGUUUCUUGAACAAUCAAAUGCAUACUUGGGGGAAAAUCCUGCCUCUGUUUGCACUGGCACACCGAGCCUGAAAAGCACUGUUCCUAACUCUCCCCAGGUGAGCAGAGGGGGUGGGCCAUGAGUCAGGAACUACACAGAUUUGCUCACAAACACGGGCUGUGCAAGAAGAGAGUAGUAUGCUGCAGCCACUAGAAUAGCUUCAAACAGCAGUGACUGUACAGUGGUUGUACAGCUGAUCCAUACCCCAGGUCCAGCUGGGAAGGAGGAUUGUCAUUCCGUGGCAGAUAUUCUGUCCUCCCCAGCCCUACAAAUCCUGAAUAAACAAUGAGUCCGAAUUCAGCACACACAGGUAUGGUGCAUCUGUUUGUGCCCAGCUGUUGAUUUCCACUGGGCAUGCUCAGACUGAUACAAGUGAUAUAUUCGUUAAAUCAAAAUAUUUUUUUUAAAGCAAGCAAAGGUAUUAACCUCAAUUAGGACAAUGUCUGUGCCAAGUUUCUGCUGUAGCCCUUUUCAAACAAGUGAGGUUGCAGCUCUUUUACAAAGGGAAUUGUGAUUUUGUUCACUCUCCUGUAAUUCAAAACCUGAUCUAGUUUUUCCAAUAGGUGGCUUUUAAUUGUAAGUUUCACAGGAAAUUCCACAUGGAAAAGUUUUUGGUCUAAAAGGGGGGGGGGGGAACUUGCGCCUGGGGGGCUGGGGGGGGUGUAAUCUAAAAUCAGAAUCAAACAGAGAUUAAUUAAAACCUCACCCUUAACAGUCACUUCUGAGUUUACUGGCAGCUGAAUACAGCUCAACAGUGACAAAAGGAUUCCACAAAAGCCCCUUUCCACAAAGACGGAUGUUACCUUGCUCUGUGGACUCUGGUAACAAAGUAGCACAUGGGGCCAUAUUUAACACAGGGUUGUCAACAGCAGCUUCCCAAAGCCCAGACUUUGUAUAUUAUUUCACCUGUAAUGGGUGAUUUUAUGAGAGGAGGGACUGGGGUAGCACUAUGUAAAAUGGCUUCAUGCUAUUCUGUGGCUAAGAUUGUUUGAGAAUAAAAGAGCCCCGUAAGCACAGUUGCUGUGGAGACUGAGGUAAAGGCCAUAUUCUGUGACCUGAACUUGGCAAUAGCUAGACAUUUUCUAGAUGUGAAAAGCAACGUUUUAAAAACACUUAAAAUGACAGUGCCCAUCUAUAAAAAGGGAAAUAAGGACAACCCGGGGAAUUAGAGACCAGUCAGCUCAACUUCUAUACCCGGAAAGAUAAUGGUGCAAAUAAUUAAGAAAUCAAUUUGCAAACAUCUAGAAGAUAAUGAGGUGAUUGUUGCAUUGCACUCCAUAUGUUUAUGGAACUAUGUUUAUAAGUGUAAAUAUGAUGUAACUGGAAUAUGCUUUACCCAAAAGGUUUCUUGUAAGGGAUCAUUACAAAGCGUAUAAUCUACUGAGUGUGUUCAUCCCCUUUGUAUGAAUGUAUCAUUCUUGUUUCUGAAAUUAGGAUAUUAAAUAUAAUUCUGAGGUCCUAUUAUAGUUAUGCAAAAUGUGGGCCAUUAAUGGAGGUUUCAAAUCUUGUUGGCCCCCAUUAAUUAGGACAGUUGGUUGUAGAUGGCUCUAUUUACUUGUAAGCCUUCCUGUAUACCUGUGUGCCAGCGAGUGGGUGAUGAAGUCUCACAGGACUUGUGAACAUGUCACAUGAUACUGGAAUCCAUCUUUAACCUGGUGCUUUCCCAUUUAGAAGGGGGGGAGAACCCAGAGAGAGACAAAGAAUUCCCGCCUUGUGCCAAAGCUAUAAAAGGGAGUGGAACAGAACAAAGGGGUCCCAGUCAUGUGGAAUCCCCUGCUUUUCACCUAAGAUGCCUGCUGGAACUAACAAGAACUGUACUGGGGAAAGGGUUGGGCCCAGACUAAGAAGGAGUCUGGUCUGUGAAAGAAGCUUAUUGGAACAUCUCUGAGGAUGAGAUUUUCCUGGAUUCAGUUUCUUUAUGUAUUAGGCUUAGACUUGCGUGUUUUGUUUUAUUUUACUUGGUGGUUUACUUUGUUCUGUCUGUUAUUACUUGGAACCACUUAAAUCCUACUUUUUAUUCUUAAUAAAAUCACUUUUGUUUGGAUCCCAUUGGGAGCGGGGUGUCUGGGUGUUGGAGACUGGAGUACCUGCUGAGUGGUUUUCAGUUAAAGCCAGCAGCUUUGGGAACGUGGUUCAGACCCUGGGUCUGUGUUGCAGCAGGCUUUCAUUUCUGGCUCAACAAAACAGGGUUCUGGACUCUCAAGCUGACAGGGAAAACAGUCUCAGAGGUAGUUUCAGCACGUCAGGUGACAGUCCCAAGUGGGUCUCUGUGACCGAACCCGUCACAGUGGUGUCAUCAGCAGGAUCUGUACACAUCUGAUUGCUUUGAGACACUGGUAGUGAUUUUAAGUGAGUUUUAAGUGUGGUGGGUGGAAAACAGACAGAGUGGUUACUGGUUUGUUAUUUUCUGUUGGUUUAUUUUGAGUGAGGGAAAUAAGCACAAGAAAGCAGGAAAAUGACUACCAGUGAGGCAGCUACAAAACUAGAGCUGGCCAGACUGGAAGUGGAAGAGAAGGCAAAGGACCGUGAGUUUCAAAUGUGGCAGGCAGAAAUGAGGCUCAAACAAGCAGCUGUGGCCAGGGAAACCAUGGAGGCCCAGAAACAGACUUAAAUUGAAGUACAGAAAGCUGCUCAUGAAAGAGCCAUGGAGCUAAAAGACAAAGAGCUUGAAGCCCAGAAAGCUGCCCAGGUGGAGAAGGAAAGAGAGAAGCAGCUAGUGCUGGAGUUAAAAGACAAAGGAAUACAGGCCCAGAUUGAGACCCAGAAGCAUGAACUGGCUGUAAUGGAGUGAAAGAGAGAAAACCCACCAGCAGCUGGCUCUACUUCCCAAAAACCCCACAAAUAGGAACGAUUAUGCCCGCAGUAUGAUUGAUCCAGUGAUCUUGCUAAAUAUUUCAUCACCUUUGAGAGACUGUGCACCCUCCAUGUGAUUCUUGAAGAUCAAAAAAUGACCACUUUGGUUGCAAAAUUGACUGGGAGAGUCAAUAAGAUGCCUAUUGCUGAUGCUUUAAACUACGGUUAAUUUAAGAAACUGGUUUUGAAACAGUUUCAGAUUACACCUGAAACCUACAGGGUUAAGAGUCUUAAGAGGGGAUCUGGAUUGAGUAAUGUGGCUUAUGUAAAUGAAAUGAGAGAUUUGUUAGACAAGUGGGUGAAGGGAAAAGGCAUUACCAGCUUGGAAGAAAUGUGUGAUUUGGUUACUCAGCAACAGUUCCUGAAUAUGUGCAGUGAUUAUGUAAAGCAGUAUUUGUGGGACAAACAGGUGAGUGCAGUGGGGGGAAUUAUCUGGGUUUGCAGAUUCUUACGAGCAGUCACAAGCUACAAUUAAAUAUAAACCACUGGCAGAGGGGCACAGAGUUGGGGGAAAGCAGAAUCACCAUUUUACCCCUGGGGAAAAAGGAGGUGGGGCGUUCACCUCCCCAUUCCCCUGUUACUCGUCCCAAGUCUCCUGUACAAGCAGAGGAGCCCAGAAGGUGCUGUCAUUGUAUGUCCACUGAGCACCUGAGGAAUAAGAGUCCUUGGCUAAGUGGGAAAAGACAGCAGGUAACACAUGAAGCUGCUGCUUCUCAGAGCACAGGGGUAUCCCAGGCUGCUGCCUUUUUCCACACAGGAUUUGUAAAGGUUGCUUCUACACAACCAAGCAGUGAGCAUAUGCAUGCCGUUAAGCUUAAUAGCAAAGUGCUCCAACGAUGGAGAGACACUGGUGCAGAAAUUUCUGUGGUCAGGAGGGACCUGAUCCAGGAGAAGGAUUUGUUACCAGGAAAAAUGGCAGAAUUAGAAUUGGUGGGAGGUUACAAAGUCCUUGCACCUUUAGCUAAGGUACACAUGGAAACUGGAGGUUUGCAGGCUAAACUGACUGUUGCAGCGGUGACAUACAAUUUUGCAUCGUUUCUACUGGGGAAUGAUUUCUUCGAUGUGGCAAAACCUGUCCCAGGGUUUGUUAGCAGCAAGAAGGAAUCUUGUGCUAAAAGCCCCAGGCGGGAGGCUGAAGUCACAUGUGCUGCUGGGGGAAUAGGAGAGUGUCUCUUUAAUUCCUCUAGCAGUGGAGAAUGCAGCUUUGGGGGCAGGGGUGGUCGAAACUAGUUCUUGCAGCUCCGGGGCUCAAGGCAGGUCCCUGCGAGAAGGGCUGGAUAGAACCAGCUCCUGUCCUGUGAUCAUCUCCCUGCGGGAGGGGGAUGUUCCACCUUGUAACAGGGAGGCCCUCCCAGCUGCUGACUGCCAGGAAGUUGCAGGUCAGCAGGGGACAGGUCCUGUCCUGGGGUGCACAGAGACAUGUAUCCUGGAGAUGGAAGUUGGGGUCCUGGUGACAGCUGUGGUGGGAACAGACCCCAAGGUCUCUGUAGCUGGCAGUAAGCCCAACCUGAGUGAAAGGGGGGGAUUUUGCUGGCCAGUGAAAAGCCUGUCAUAGCUGGUAGCUGUGAGCCCACAGCUGGAUCAGGGUCACCUUCCCUUUUAGGGACACAGGAGUGUCUGCCUCAGAGGGGAGCCCAGAGAGGGAAGUCCAGACGGAAGGUGAGGGGGGACAGGAGGAUCCGCCCAUCUUUUGUAGGAAGGCUUUUCCCCAGGAGGAGGGUGAAGGAUCUGUAUCUAAAAUGCCACACCCCUCACCUAUGGAUCAGGUUUUAAGGGAAGACCGGGGGUCAGAUCUCCUGGAGGGACAAGUCCAGCAAGCUAACUUUUGGGAACAGAGAAUGGGGUGACCGAGGGGAUCUUCCCAAUCCAAAGCACUCCAAUGAAAAAUGUUGUUCCUGCUACCCUUGUGAGAGAUAACACUGUCUCUUCAAGGCUGGAAGAAGGAAAACGUUGCAUUUGGGAAGCUUCACAAGGGGGUGACAUCCAACACAAAGAGAUUCCAGAGGGAGGGGCUGAGGGCAGGCAUGGUUGCAGUGCACCCUUUCCUUGCCAAAACCUCAAACAUAAGCCUGAAUUAAGAGCCUUCUCCAUAGGGGGAGAAGAAUCUGUAUCUGAGCACCUACCAUGGUGCACAAAGGGAUUGGAAAAUGGAAUAGACACUGAACAAGCCAAACUGUGUGAACAAAGUCUGCCUGUCAUAAAUUGGCUGUUAAUCUUUUGUCUUUUGCUACUUCAUCUUUGGGUCAAGACAAGGGAGUUAAUACUAAUGGUAAACCUUCAAAGAUGUGUAACAUACCUCAUUUGUGGAAAAAACUUUUGUACAUGCUAGGGAUGGCAACAAGACAGUCCCACAAGCAUGUUGCUUUUCAGCUUAUAUCUGUAAACAGGCUUAGAGCUUGGCACAGUAGCAGAAGCGGCCUACACUGCUGUGUGGAAGCGGGAACUGAGGCACGCCACCUCAUGGCAUUGGUGGGUAAAUGCCAAGACACCUACACUUCAACAGAUACUGCUGUCUGCCUUCUGAUAGCAAUACACCCCAGUGUGUUUUCAGGCACCCAGAACUUUGCUAGGACACCUAUGAAUGACAUCACAGGGUUUAAAGGUACUGGGAGGAGGUCUGACCAGAGACAAACAGGGAUUUUUACAUGUACUGCCUCUGCCAUGGACAGCGUCCAAGACUCCGGCAGUAAGUUUAGGAGGAGGGUGUGGUGUUGCACUCCAUAUGUUUGUGGCAAUGUGUUUAUAAGUGUAAAUAUGAUGUCACUGGAAUAUGCUUUAUGCAAAAGGUUUCUUGUAAGGGAUCAUUACAAAGCGUAUAAUCUACUGAGUGUGGUCAUCCUCUUUGUAUGAAUGUAUCAUUCUUGUAUCUGAAAUUAGGAAUCUGAAAUAUAAUUCUGAAGGCCUAUUGUAACUAUGCAAAGUGUGGGCCAUUAAUGGUUGUUUGGAAUCUUGUUGGCCCCCAUUAACUAGGACAGUUGGUUGUAGAUGGCUCUGUUUACUUGUAAGCCUUCCUGUAUACCUGUGUGCCAGCGAGUGGGUAAUGAAGUCUCACAGGACAUGUGAACAUGUCAAAUGAUACUGGAAUCCAUCUUUAACCUGGUGCUUUCCCAUUUAGAAGGAGUGGGGGGACCCAGAGAGAGAGAGAGAAUUCCCGCCUUGUGCCAGUUUCUUUAUGUAUUAGGCUUAGACUUGGGUGUUUUGUUUUAUUUUACUUGGUGACUUACUUUGUUCUGUCUGUUAUUACUUGGAACCACUUAAAUCCUACUUUUUAUUUUUAAUAAAAUCACUUUUGUUUAUUAUU